AAAAAAAAAAAAAAAAAAAAGCAGACUUUGCGAAAAGCGAAAGGUUUCUUCGUCAACAUGGAAAGAACUUAAGUGGUAAUAACUUCUUUACUUAAACUCAGAGGUAAGAGAUCACCUUACCAACCCUCCGAUCUCCGACGACUUGUAUCUAUACGGGAAAAAGAAAGUAGUGUGAUUUUUUUUUUCUUAGUAGAACUACUUUGUCUUCUCCUUCUCCGGCGAUGUCUACGGCGGAGGCUGAUUACGUGAAGGCCAAAACUUCGGUGUGGUGGGAUAUAGAGAAUUGUGAGGUACCCAAAGGUUGGGAUGCUCAUAGGAUUGCCCAGAAUGUGAGUUCGGCUUUGUUGAAGAUGAAUUACUGUGGACCUGUCUCGAUUUCGGCUUAUGGUGACACCACUCUCAUCCCUCACUCUGUUCAACAAGCUCUUUCUUCUACUGGUGUUGCUCUUAAUCAUGUCCCCGCAGGUGCUAAAGAUGCGAGCGAUAAGAAGAUUUUGGUGGAUAUGUUGUUUUGGGCAGUAGACAACGCCGCACCAGCGAAUUUUAUGCUUAUCUCUGGUGACAGGGACUUCUCCAAUGCUCUUCACCAGCUACGGAUGAGAAGGUAUAACAUUCUUUUAGCUCAGCCUCCACAGGCCUCUGCACCUCUUGUUGCUGCUGCUAAAGAUGUAUGGCUCUGGACAACCCUAGCCUCCGGUGGCCCUCCUCUUACAAGUGCUGAAUCCUCUCUACUCGUCCUCAACAAUGUACGUCGCAAUGUCUCUAUUAAGGAAGCUCAGUCCAGCAAACCAACUGAUUCAAGCUCGGAGAUUGGAGACAUGAAGAAUAACAAAACCAGAGAAAAGCAUGUUCGGAGAGGAUUACGUCAGGAGCCGAGAAGAAACAUGCUUGAAAAUAGCAGUGGAACCACCUGUGACUCCUCUCGAUUUGUCAACAAUGGACUUUGUUAUGUCUCUAAUUAUCAAGUGUCGAACUAUCCUGUUUCUGAACAUGCUCAGUCCAGCAAACUAAGUGAUUCAAAGUCUGACGCUGGAGAUGCUAAGGAUCAUAAACCCAGAGAAAACCACUUCCCAAGAGGAUCACCUCAAGAGACGAGAAGAAUUAUGCUCCAGAAUGGUAAAGGAGCCACCACAGGUGAAUCUGUUACUGCCAGCAGACCAUGUGAUAGCUCUGAAAAGUUCACCGCACUCCUCAACAAUCCUGCCUUCGUAGAAAGUCGCCGAGCGCUGGCCAGUGUUUCAGCCAAACCCACACAAGAAGCGGCGCUUGUGGAACCUGUGGUGUGCAAAGUUUGCCAGAUCAGUUGCACCAACAAUGAUGCAUAUAAAAAGCACACCUAUGGAAAAAGACACCGAAACAACUUGGAACUGCAAUCAGGCAAGUCCAAAAACAUUUCGGUGGGACCAGUUGAGCCUGCUAAGGAGGUUCCAGCAAAACAUAAGAAAAAUAAGCAGGCGGUUGAAGGUAGAGCUAAGGUAAACGCUGAUUUCGCUUGUCUUAUGUGCAAUGUGGUGUGCCAGAGUCAAGUUGUCUUUGAUUCUCAUCUGAGGGGUCAGAAGCAUACAACUAACAUGCUGAGUCAAUCAGAGGCACUCAUUGAUUCUAAGAAGCUUCAAGAGAAAGAUGUUGGAGAAAAGGAUCAACCAAGUGUUGCCGAGCCUCUGUUGCAGUCUCAAAAGGAUCAAGAGAAUACUAAGGGCUUUGAGAAGCAUGUUUCAGUGGCGAAUCAAUCAGAGGUACUAAUUGAUUCUAAGAAGCUUCAAGAUAAAGGUGUUGAAGAAAAGGAUCAACCAAGAGAAAUUAAUGUACAUCCUAAAGCAAAUGCUAAUCACUUUUGUCGUUUGUGCAAUGUGGGGUGCCAGAGUCAAAUUGUCUUUGAUUCUCAUCUAAGGGGUCAGAAGCACGCUGCCAAGCUGAAUCAAUCAAAGGGUAUCAUUGAUUCUAAGAAGCUUGAAGAGAAAGGUGUCGGUGAAAAGGACCAACCAAGAGAAACAAUUGCAGAGCCUCAGUUGCAGUCUCAAAACGCUCAAGUGAAUAGCAAGUGCUUUGAAAAGCAUGUUGUCGUGGUGCAACAAUCAGAAGAACUCAUCAAUGCUAGGGAGAUUGAAGAGAAAGAUGUCCGAGAAAAAGCUCAACCAAUAGAAACAGUUGCAGAACCUCAGUCGCAGUCUGAAAACACUCAAGAGCAUACCAAGUUCUUUGAGAAGCAAAACGAAGAGUUGAGAAAGAUUUGUGGCACCUCAGAAAGCAGUGUAAAAGAACGUCUUCCAAGUUCUAAAGACCGGGUAGACACUUUAAACAAACAGAUUCCAAAUGGAGAAGUUUUCUCUGGUGACCUUAAAUCUGAUUUUGAAGUACUCAAAGAAGCAAGGGAAUGUUCUGAUGGCAUUGUCAAGCCUAUAAAUCUGUCCGAAAGAGCAAAUGAGCACUCAGUGGAGGUGGAGAAGAAGGGAAAGGAGGUGAUGGUCGCCUUUGUAGCCAGCGGUGAUGCUCAGUUCAGUGUUUCAACCAAACCUAUGAAGGAACCAGAGGGUUUGCAGCCUGUGUGGUGCCAAGUCUGCCAGAUGAGCUGCAACAGCAAGGUUGCAUAUGCAAAUCACACCUAUGGGAAAAAACACAGACAGAACUUGGAACUACAAUCAGCCAAGAACGCAGCAAAUAUGUCCAAGGGACCAGCCAAGGUCUCUAAAGAUUAUGGAGAUCAAACUAAGAAAGUACCAUUUAAAAACCAAACCACCUUUGAUUCUCAUCUGAAGAGUCAGAACCAUUCUGCCAUGGUCAAGGAGCCAGCAGAGCAGGCACUUGUUAAUUCAAGGAGAACUCAACAAGAAUACAACCAAGAAAAACCGAGAGAACCAUUGGAGCAGUUCACUGUUGACUCGGGGACAAUCCAUGGAGAAACCAAUCAAGAAACAGAAAAAAUUGAAGAGCACACAAUUGUAAAGAUCGAUGAUCUUGCGUUUGGAGGGGCACCUGAAGAUAAAGUGGACUUAAAGGAGAGACACGCUGUAUCUGAGAACAUGGAGCAGCGUGCCUUCACUGAGCAUAAACGAGAGUCUAGAAUACUUAAAGAACCGAGAGGAUGCUUGGAUGUGAUUCCUGUGGCUGUGAGAGUAGAACUGCCACCACCAAAUGUGAAUGUGGCCAAGAAUUUGGAUUAUGAGCUGAAUCAUAAAACCAAACCUACAGCACGGGAUUUUGAAAACGUGUGUGCAGGACGCAAGGAACAUCCUGGAGAGGCUAGCAAAAGGGAAGAGAGUAAGGGACAAGCAGAUAGCUUUUGGACUCGCCUGUGGGGGAAAAAGAACUAGAAUAAUGUUAAAAAAAUCUAAGUAUAGUAUUUGAAUUGUUGAAAAUUUAUAACUACUUGAAGUUAAUUUUCUAGUACAAUAUUGCUAUGUUGUCAACAAUGAAUGUUUUUUUUUUCUAUAUAAAAAAGUUUGCAGCUCUA